GGUUUUGACAUUGACAACUAUCAUUUCACUCGUUCACUCGUUGAAUUUUCCUUUUAAAAACACGUGUUUACGUGUUGAGCUCAUGUUGAGCUCUGUUUUAUUUAUAAGUGUAAUAAAAUAAUCCAAAAUGAGUUUAUAUAAUUUCAAAAAGAUCGCUGUAGUCCCUACAGCAAAGGACUUUAUUGACAUAAUUUUGUCAAAAACACAAAGAAAGACUCCAACUGUUGUACAUAAACAUUACAAAAUAUCGAGGAUUCGUGCGUUUUAUAUGAGAAAAGUUAAAUUCACACAACAGAACUUCCACGAUCGUCUUUCUAGGAUUAUACAGGAAUUCCCAAAACUAGAUGAUGUGCAUCCAUUCUAUGCAGAUCUUAUGAAUGUGCUGUAUGACAAGGAUCACUACAAGCUUGGUCUCGGACAACUCAACACUGCUAGACAUUUAAUUGACACAGUAGCGAAAGACUACGUGCGUUUACUGAAGUACGGCGACUCGCUGUACCGAUGCAAGCAGCUGAAGCGCGCGGCGCUCGGUCGCAUGGCCACCAUCAUGAAGCGACAGGCCGCCAACCUUACCUACUUGGAACAGGUCCGCCAACACUUGGCCCGCCUGCCGUCCAUCGACCCGUACACGCGCACCAUCAUCAUCUGCGGGUUCCCCAACGUCGGCAAAUCCAGCUUUAUCAACAAGAUCACUCGCGCUGACGUGGAAGUACAACCGUACGCGUUUACCACAAAGAGUUUGUACGUCGGACACACUGACUACAAGUAUUUGAGAUGGCAGGUAAUAGACACGCCGGGUAUCCUGGACCACCCGCUAGAGGAGCGCAACGUGAUCGAGAUGCAGGCCGUGACCGCGCUGGCGCACCUCCGCGCCGCCGUGCUCUACUUCGUGGACUUGUCAGAGCAGUGCGGCCAUAGUAUACAGGAACAGAUCUCCCUAUUCGAGAGUAUAAAGCCCCUGUUCAGCAACAAGCCUCUAAUCGUGGUGCUGAACAAAAUGGAUGUGCUGACUCCUGAGGAUCUGCCGCCCAACAAAAAGGAGAUCGUUGACCAGCUACUUGAGAACUGCGCUAAAGGAAAUCUUGUCAACGCGGAUCCGAACUCCGACCUGUCAGUGGUCCCUGUGAUGCGCAUGUCGACCAUCACGGAGGAGGGAGUGCAGGAGGUUAAGAUUGAGGCCUGCGAGAGGUUACUCGGACACAGGGUCACUGAGAAAAUGAGGACUAAGAAGGUGGACGGCAUCCUAAACCGUCUCCACGUGUCAGUGCCAGCGCCGCGCGACAUCAAGGCGCGGCCCGCCGUCAUCCCCGCCUCGGUCCUGGCCAAGAAGCAACAACAGGCAGACAAGGCACGCAAGAGGAAACUCGAGAGGGACAUAGAGGUUGAGGAGGGCGAUGACUAUGUGCUCGACCUACAGAAGAACUACAGCGAGAUCCCGGAGGAGGAGCGCCACGACCCCAUUCCGGAGUUCUGGGAGGGACACAACAUUGCAGACUACAUCGACCCCGACAUAUUCGAGAAACUGGCGGAGUUGGAGCGCGAGGAAGAGUUGCGCGUGGAGGGAGGCAUGUACGCCGUGCCCAAGAUCGAGCUGGACGACACCAUGAAGGAGAUCCGGGAGCUCGCCAGGCAGAUACGCAACAAGAAGGCGAUCCUGAAGGACGAGUCCCGCCUGGUGAAGCAGUCCACGAAGCCGGUGAUGCCGCGCACCAGCCGCGCGCGCGCCCGCGACCGCUCCACCGGGAAACUCAGGGAGGAGAUGGAGAAACUCGGCGUGGAUAUGUCGGACACGAAGGACGCGCACUUCACGCGGUCCCGCUCGCGCUCCGCGUCGGCGCCGGCCGCCAAGCGCGCGCGCGCAGACUCCCGCGGACGAUCCGUCAGCAAACCCGCCCGGGACACAGAUUUAAUGCAAAGGAAAGCGAAGAAGCUCGCUCAUGUCGCGAUCGCGAAGAAGACCAAACGCAUGGGUCUCAAGGGAGAAGCAGACAGGUUCAUCGGGACGAAGAUGCCCAAACAUCUGUUCGCGGGCAAGCGAGGAGUGGGCAAGACGGACAGGCGAUAGGCAUUGCCCGGGCAACCCCUGGACAUAUACUAGACGUAUUCGAGUCGUGUGCAAAUAUAUUACAAAUGUGUUUAAAGUACUUUUUUCUGCAUUAAGAUUAAAAUAUAUGUUUGUUCUGUGAAGUUUGCGUUUUACUAAAGUAUCUGAAAGCUCCAAGCGUGGAGAUUAAGGAAACAAACAUAUUUCAAGUUAGUUAAUAAAAUAUGUAUUUAUAAUGUGAAGUUUUGUGUUUUAUUUUAUCUUGUAUCUCCAACUGGCUUGUCCAGUGUGGGAAUUGUCAUAUUAUACCGGCUUAUGUAGAGGCUGUUGAUGAUUACUUGUCUUUAUUUUUUGAUAAAUGCACGCGGCUUCGUAUAAUUAUUAUGUAAAUAUUAUUAUUAUACUUAGGUAUUUUUUUUUUCGGAAAAAUGGCGCGAAACGAUAUUUUUGAUGUUUCAACAACAGUGGAGAAAUCGCUCAAAUUGUAUCGAGAGCUGAUUAGAAUAAAUUACACUUAUUUUA